CACGCUACUGUCACUAUCACGGGAUUCUGCAUUGUCCUAUGUGUCAACAUGGCUCUCUAACCGUGCGCACAAACAGAACAAGUGUGAAUCAGCACUUGUGCUGCACCGACACAACCACUGCAACCAUGGUGUCUUUUACGUCCCUCUCUGCGCCUUCCGCUGCCAUUUCCAGCAGGAAUCGUGCUUCCAGUCUUAUCUCUCGUGUGGAAAUAAAACCUUCUGGCAGAAAUGUCUCUUCUGGCUGCCAUAAACCUCGACCUGGAGAUGUCUAUGUUGCCAGUUAGCACACUGCACUGGCGGGCGGAUCUUCUGAAGAUCCCUGCUCAUGGAAAUCCCUAUGAACAUCUCUCUUUGCCCAUGGAUGAUGGAGUGAACAUGCAUGGGGCUGAAGCAGGAUGCCUGGCAGGUGAUGGAUUUACAGACUGGAUGACCGAAAGAGUUGAUUUCUCCUGUUAUCAUCCUACGUCUGUGGAUCCAUCUUUGCCAGGUCCUUCAGCCCCUGAUUUGGAGAUCAUGGCUACUCUCCUUAAAAAGGAGUUGGAGCAGAUGGAAGAUUACUUCCUUGAGGAGACCCUGUCUCUGACACAACCAAUGCCUCCAGAUCAAGUGGCCCCUUGCACCCCUCCAUCACAUGAAGUGCAUUUCCUCUUCCCCACACCAGACCAUCAGCUUGGUGGAAGUGAAGUAGAGUUUCAGGCCUAUGUUGAAGAAACAUCACCACCUGCUCCAGUCUCCAUGGAAACAGUGCAUUCUGGGUGUCUGGAGCUCUUGAACCUCUACUCUGAUGUUCCUAGUGAUUUCCCCAGAGAACAACUGCAGGAUCUGUCUGUGACGAAAGACACCACUGUCCCGCCAGAAUUCUCAGAACGACUGAACAGGCCUACACCAUAUGACCGUCCAAACUGCAGUGCUUUUCCCCAACAAAAAGGUGACCGCAAGCAGAAGAAGAGAGAUCAGAAUAAGACAGCGGCACUACGAUAUCGGCAGAGGAAAAGAGUCGAAUACGAUGCACUGGAUGAAGAGUGCCAGAGCCUGGAGGUCAGAAACAGAGAGCUGAAAGAAAAAUCUGAUUCCAUCGAAAGAGAAAUUCAGUAUGUAAAGGACCUACUUAUUGAGGUCUACAAGGCUAGGAGUCAGAGACUCCGGAAUAAUUAGAUCUCCGUAACAAUAUCUGUAUGAACCUGUAGAAACUGUGAUUUAUUUAGAAAGCUUUUUUUUAAGAAGAUACAGGCUACAGAAAGACAAUCUUGUUCCUUCAUGAAACCGACAUGGCUGUCAUCAACAGCAGCUGAAAAUAUGUGGAACAGUCCUGCCAUGAAUUCCAGAUAUAAACCUGGUGCAGGGAAAAUAUUUAAUAGCUUUUAAAAAAUAUAUAUAUAUGUUUGGGUGCACCAAUGAAGCUGGCCAUUUUUAAAGCUGUUGUGGUGUUAAGGAGGUUUUGUUAUUUAUGUGCUUUAUUUAAAAAGGAGUAUGGGAUGUGGGCUCGCUUAGACUGACUUCUACCUAGGGAUUUGUAAAAUGUGGCUCAGAAUAAGCUGUUAAAAGGAAUUUCCUGGAAUGGUAUUUAGCAUCCUCAAGUUAACUUUAAUGCCAGAUUUAAGGGGUUUAUUUAUCAAAGGUCGAAUUUAGGUGAAUUUUUUUUUUUACCCUAAUAUAUUCAAUUAUGUACACUCACAACUCGAAUGGGAGGUUAUUUAAGAAAAAAUGUGAACGUCUAAUUCGUUCGAAUAUUCACAACCCGAAUUUGAAUCUAGUUUUCCCUCCGAAAAAAGUCAGGCAGGCAAUUAACAUUCAAAUAGUUCAACGGACCUCUGCCAUUGACUUGUAAACAAACUCGGCAGGUUUUAAUAUUCGAAUUAGAACAGUUUCCAUAGUUGAGUUGUGGUAAAUCUCACAAUUUAAAAUCAAAUUGAGGGAUUAAAAUUAGAAUGUAGGAAUGAAUCGAGUGCAGGACAUAAUUAAUGAGCUCUUAACACUUAAAAUCUGCACCUCAAUCUCAAGACAGCUCUCAGAAUCAAUGAAGAAAA